AUGAGCCAGCUAAUGUCGCUAGUGGAAGAUACCAUGAAGGCAAGUAAGAGGGAGGAGCCAGCUGGCACCAUGGAGGGUGCCGCUGAUCGCGGCGAUGCUAGGGAGAGCGCCGCCGCGGAGUCCACGAACGUUGAAGGAGGGGCACCGUGGACCGAGAAUGCGCAGGACGGGAGGUACCUGCGCGAACCUGUUCGGGAUUCUGGCCCGUCAGGGCGACACAGCGGCGAAGCAGGGGGCUUUGUCCGCCAAGAGGUGAGAGUAGCCGCUGCUCACAACCAAGGGUACCAAAGUGUGCGGUACAGUUCUCCUCCGUUCAGCGGGAAAUGGAAAGAUUUCAACGAAUGGCUAAAUGACGAGCAAGUAGAGCUCGCAUUCCACGCGUGGAACUUCCUAUCUCACGCGUUGAAAGAAAAAUAUCGGAACAUCAUGAAGAGGGCAGAGACGCCCCAGGGGGCUCUUCGUGAGCUCAAGACCAUACACGACCCUGAAUCAUCUGUACAGCCGUCAGAGGACCUCAAGUCCCUGACGUCGACCAAGAUCUCUAGAGGUGAAAAGCCCCAAAACGCCCUAAGUGAGUUGCCCCAAACCGCAAAGUCCUUAACCGAGAAAGGACUAACUGUCAACGAAACGUUCGUCCUUCACCUCUUCCUGGAUGCCCUUUCGGACGGGUAUGCCAUGACAAAGCACAACCUGCGACACGCGAAGGAGUUGACGCGGACCGGUGUGCUAAAGGAAGUAAUUAUCAAAUACAAGGCGAUCAAGGAAAAGCUGGAGCAGGGGAAAGGAAAAGGGGCGAAGGGCGCAGAGCAAGCGUAUUUCGCCGACGGUGAGGGAUGCAGGGAGCGGUACUCAAGUGGGAGUCAGGGGCAAGGUCGUGGUCGUGGCGGUGGCCGUGGCCGCAGCAGCAGUCUUGGCCGCGGCGGCGGCGGUCGCGGCGGCCGCUCAGGCGGAUCCGGAGGAGUCGAGGAGAGCAAGGGAAGCAGCAGUGGAGGCGCCGAUGGCGGCGGUGGCGGGGACUAUAGGUUCCUGGGCCGGUGCUUCAGGUGUGGACAUCGUGGACAUCAAGCGAUCGGCUGCACUACCAACGAGAAGGACUUCGUGCCGUGGUGUGCGCGCUGCGAGGGGUGGGGCCACACCAAAGAAAAGUGCGCGACGGAGGAGGCCGGCCUAGCGCAAGUGGCGGAGCAUGAGAGCGACGUGGACUCCGUGGACGACCAGGCGUAUUGUGCCGUGGCAGUCCCCCCAGGCGGGUGUGGUACCGUUGGUGAAGUAGGUCUAGUGGGGGUUGUGGAACAAGGCCAGGCAGUGUACGUGGCCGACACAGCGGCCACGUGCUCCAUGUUCCGAUGUGCAGACAACUUCGUGAACUACCGUGAGCGUAGCGGUUGGGUGAAGGGGAUCGGAGGCGACAAGGCCCCCGUUCCUCUUGUAGGAUACGGAGAUGUGACCUUAGUCCUACAGACGGAAGAUGGUGGAGUACCCGUACCAGUACUGAAUGCUGUCCAUGUACCAGAGGCCCCCUAUAACCUCCUCUCGCCGUCUUCGUUGGCGGAAGAGGGCCACACGUAUUCGGGGACGAAAGGGGGCCUCACGCUGACCACGAAAGCCGGAUGGGAGGUGUGGUUCCCCCGGACUGGGAAGCUGCUGACCCAACAAGGCUAUCAAAUAAAGCCAACGCUACACACCGCCUGUGCCCCACUCAUUGUUCCUGGCGAUGCGAAAGCAGCCAAUCCCACUGACUUCAACGAGUACCACCUUGCGCACGGCCAUGCCCACGAGACAUUGCCCAGGAUCACGACGGAGCAGCAGGGAGUGCAGCUGACGGAUGGACCGCUGCUACCCUGUCUUGGCUGUUCGAUGUCCAAGGGACAGGCGAAACCCGUCCAGAAGAGCACGAGCACACGCGCACUGCUACCUCUCGCAGAUGACGAGAGGGCGGGGAGGGCGAGAGCAGAGCGGAUGAAUCACGCCAAGGUUGGGGGGCGGAGAGAGACUCGGAGAGUGAGUCCGACCUCGACGUGAUGGAGGCUCGUGGGGCAGGGCAAGCGACGCCGUUUGUGCGCGAGGAGGCGCCGACGGCACCCGGCAACGGGAUUCCGGGGGACGGAGGCAGCGUUCUCCCGUCGCCCCCUUCGGGAAGGGGCGACUUCGGCGGAGGCAGUGACAGCCCCACCGACAGCAGCAGCAGCAGCAGCAGCAGCAGCAGCGGCAGCAGUGACGCCGGCGGUGCCGGCGGCCCGGGCGGCGAAAUGUCCGGCGACCCAGGUGGGGACGGCGGUAGCGAUGGUGAUCCCGGCGACUCCGAAAACCUCGAGGAGUUGAAGUAUGAUCCAGCCGACGACCGCUACCCCGCGGGCUAGAAGGGAAGAAACUCCUCUGGGGCGCCUCGAACGCUGGCCCGCUGCGCCAUGGGCUUGAGAGUGGCCGCACACGGAAGCAGACCCGGGAGAUGCAAGGUGCCGGGGAGAUGCCGGGGCCCGGAGAAACACCGGACCCGGAAGAGGCAUUGCUGGCGACCAUCCUGGAAACUGGCGGGACGGGGAUUGUUGAGGACUACAUCUGCAACUCGCUUGUGAAGGAGCAGUGGGACGAGGAGCAGACACGCCGUAUGGAGGAGAUGUACAGGCGCGAGAUGCAGGAGGUGUUGGGCCCGGAACAGCAGGCGUUCGGGGCCGAGGUCGAUGCAGCGGGUCUUCGCAACCACUCCCAGACCCACAGCUAAGUAUGGCCUCGCCAAUCGGGCAGAAGCCGAGUGAUGUGGAAGCAGUACCGAUGACGUACAAGGAUGUGAUGUGUUCCACGUACAAGGUUUUCUGGGAGGCGGCCAUGAAGAAAGAGAUAGGUGGCCACGACAAGACUGGAACCUUUACCAAGGUCAAAGAGCUGCCCGAGGGGCGGAAGGCCAUAGGUUCAAAGUGGGUGUUCUCUUGGACGACGAAUGAGAAGGGCCUGAUAGUCGACUUCAAGGCCCGUAUGGUUGCGCGGGGUUUCUCUCAAAUCCCCGGCAUCGACUUCCACCACUCAUCCUCAGCGUGCCCGUCUGCAGCGUCUAUCAAGACGGUGAUUGCCGUAGCCACUGAAAAGGGCAAGAAACUCGCUCACUGGGAUGUGAAGCAACAUCCACGCUAAGCUAGAAGAAGAAAUAUACCUGAGGUUCCCGGAAGGCUGUGGUAGCAUGUCCGGCAAGGUGGUAAAGGUUGAGCGUGCCCUGUAUGGCCUAAAGCAGAGUGACCGUGAGUGGGGGUUUGAAGCUGCCGAUGCUCUCAUCGAGAAUGGAUACGAGCAGUGCAGGGUUGACCCGUGUGUCUUCCGGAAGGUGGUGGAUGGAGAGGUCGUAGGUCUCAUCGUGAUCUACGUUGAUGACAUCUUAGUGGCGGCAGACGAGGGAGAGCGAGAGGAGUUGUUCGCUUUCCUCAACUAGAAGUUUCCGGUAAAAGAUCUGGGGGAGUGUACCUGGUACGACGGGUGUGCUAUCGCCAUGAAUGUAGAAAAUGGCAUCACCAAGCUGUCCCAGGCAGCAUACAUUGAGAGUAUGCCGAAGGGGUUUGAUGUGACCACGACCGCUUUCACCCCUGCUGCCACCGAUGCCGACCUAGGGCCGAAGAGAGAUGAC